UAUCCGAGAUGCUUAACUUCAAUGGAAAAGUACACAAACUGCUCUUUAUAACUAACAACAUUAAACCUCUUCAAUUGUUAUUUAAGGAUUCAGAAGUUCAUACAAUUCCUUCUUACAUUCGAGCCUCAAGCUUUAACUUACGAUACUCUACUUUAGCCAGUAAAUUAUGAAUCCAGUCAGAGCAUUGAGGCCCUUUGCCUCGCGAUUCACAGCUUCAACUCUCCCCGCAUUUUCACGAGCCUACUCAGACAAAUCCUAUCAGUUCAUCCAAACCACAGAACCAAGACCUGGAGUAGGACAAAGUAUUUCAUUCUACUUUCUGUGCUAUUAUUCUUACUAACAUAUAUUGAAAGUAACGUUAAAUCGACCCAAAGCAUAUAACGCUCUUUCCACACCACUCAUAACCGAGCUCAACGAUGCUCUCCUAGCAUUCGACAAAUCUCCCUCCAUAUCUGCUAUUGUUCUUACCGGGUCUGCAAAAGCAUUUGCAGCCGGUGCAGAUAUUAAAGAAAUGGCACCUCUUACUUUCUCUGAAGCGUACACCACUUCUUUCAUUGAAUCCUGGUCAAACCUCACAACGGCCAUCAAGAAGCCUAUAAUCGCGGCCGUAUCAGGGCAUGCGUUGGGCGGAGGUUGCGAAUUGGCUCUGAUGUGUGAUAUUUUAUACUGCACGGAGAAUGCAAAUUUUGGACAACCAGAAAUUAAACUUGGAACGAUACCUGGAGCCGGUGGGAGUCAAAGACUAACAAGGGCAAUUGGUAAAGCUAGAGCUAUGGAGCUUAUCCUGACGGGCAAGAAUUUUUCCGGCAAAGAAGCAGGAGAAUGGGGAGUCGCUGCAAGGACAUAUACAAGCUGGGAAGAGUUAAUUGAAGCUGCGCUUGGUACGGCCGAGACAAUUGCAGGGUACAGUAAGGUAGCAGUGCAGGCUGCAAAGGAAGUUGUCAAUAAGAGCCAGGAUCUACCGCUCAGAGAUGGCGUGGAGUAUGAGAGGAGAGUGUUCCACAGCUUGUUUGGAAGUCAGGAUCAAAAGAUUGGAAUGAAGGCUUUUGCAGAGAAAAAGACAGCCGAGUGGGCUCACAAGUAAUUCUAGCAUUUUCUUCUGCGAUACCCAAUUGCACUGAAAAUUUUAAUUAUGAAUAACACGAUCAUUUUUUAUUUCUAUACGUUGACCUCAUGU